AUGGAGCAAUUUUCGCAUGAUCUAACACUAGCGUUGGAAGAAACUUCUCGCACGAAUUCUACCAAGGUUCGUUGGGGAGUCCGACGGCGAACCCGAUCAACAGGGAAUCUACCCUGUGCCCCACAACCUACGGAGGAUAGCUCCAGCAGUCCGACCGAUCCACCAGCGUGCAAUGUGGUGAUGAAUCAAGCAGAUUCGCCAUAUCUUAGCGGCAGCAACAAUAUCGUCCAGAGCGAUUCAGAUGAUCGACAUUCCGUAGCAUUAGCGUUCAAGUUACGCCAAACGCCGCAAUCGGGGAAUUUUGAGUCCGAUUCCUUGAACGAAAAUUUCAGUCCCGCCAGACCCAAUAUGCGACGGAAGAGAAAGUACAAACGCAUGGCCGUGGAGUAUGAAACGACACCGUCCACGCCUCAUAUUGGUGGCAAUACGCUGUUUCCGAUGGCAGGAACAGUAAAGAAGCGCGUAUUCAAACACUCGGCAUGCCCUGACAAUUUUAGGAGCACGAUGCUUUUCUGCGGCAAGCGGAAACGUGGUCAACGAGAUCGUGGUGGUAUGGAUUAUGACUUUUGUAAGCAACAUUCCAGUAGCGUUCCGCGACAACGAGAAUUUUUCGGCCCCAAGGGAUCUUCUUAUAGCGAGUACAAGAGCCGUAAUCGCGCGGCGUCCUUUUCGGCAAGCAUGAUGAAAUGUGAGCGAAUUCUACCGCUUAACAAAACGGUCGUUUCUAAAAUCGAGAGAAUUUCCGCUGACAGAGAUCGUGAACGAUCAGCGCUCUUGGAGGCUUCGAGAACAUGUUCUUUAAUAAUUCCAUCCGUUCCGGAUCCUAAUUCUACAAGAGGAGAGUUUAAUUUUUCGAUACCAAUGCACCAGCAACAUGCUCCAGAGCCCCUUCAACAGCCAUCCGCCACAGUAACAUUGGGAGAAAGCUCGAAAAUCAUAUCUCGUAUUGGAGAACACGCUAUACCAGGAGGCCUUCAGCAUCACGAUAGGAUAUUAGCAAUUCGGAAACAACGUCCUCCCGCCGAAGAAAUCGCUAAUACCAAUGUGUCACUGUGUCAGCCGACUUUAGGGGUUACGGGCACGGUAAUCUCACAAACAACUUUACCUGUAGAUAAUGUAAAUUCUCUUCAGCAACUUACGAAAACAGCAGUACCUACGGUGGUGCCAAUGACGGAUCCUCUGGGAAUGACACAAGUCGUUUCACUACCCCAAACGCAAACGAAACCGAUGCUGGUGCAACCGUUCGGAAGCGGUGUUCUUAGAAACCCCAUUUCCUUUCACUCAUCUCUUCCGGAAUCUGCAAAGCCAACGUCACUUGCAAUGACCGCCGAACCGAUGACGAAAGCGAAAAGUAGUUAUCCAAAGGAAAAACAACGCCAUCGCAAAUCUAAAUACUUUCGAAAGAAGCAAAUGCUCAUGAUGUCCGGUGUGGAAGGACAAGGACAGAUGAUGGAUUGCGGAGGGCAGGUAAAUGAUUUUCUUAGCUCUAGUUCACUCAGCUCGAGUGAUUCGGAAGCGGUGUUGGCCAAUGAAACCGAUCAUGAAGGGGACGACGAACUGACGGACUGGCCUGGUAACGAGGCAAUGAUCACGUUUGCUUCAAAGCACGAUUUUCGCAAGACAUACCAUAGCUCACGAGGAGCAGCUGUAAGCGGGUUUUCUUCUUCCGUACUCGGCCGAUCCAUAUUGCCACAUCAGCCGGACGAUCAGGAUCUCCCGGAUGACGAUACGCUUAUGUCCGCCGAUGAAUUACUAACGACGGCGAGUAUCCCUGUAGCGCCCGGUGAAAUUACGAUGGGCAGUGCGAUACAUGAAAUGGCUUCUUCGGUUGGAGGCAUCGGAUUAGACUCUAUUGAAGCGAGAUUACCGAUUUCACUUGGAACGAACGUAUCGGAGCUGAAUGCGUCAUUUCUAGUAAAUAAUAUUGCUCCAGGACUAACGCUGCCCAACGAAAUACGAGAAAUACGAGCCGGAUGUCGAAGAAUUCGUGAGGAGCGGCCAGGAUUUUCAAUUAUAUCUAGUGUGAACGAGCUUCUGUCAAGGUUUCUUCAAGAUGAUCAGCAACGCGAGUUGACGCUACACGACGUUAAUGAAGCAGAGCACGAUAAAUUGCAAGAUUUAUGCAAGCUUUACUCGCUGAACGCUCAGCAGAUCAGUGACAAUGGGGGUGUGGUGGUGUUAAGCAAAACUAGCAACACGAUGCAAUCAGUUCGAAUCGAUCAGUCAAAUCUACCAAAACGGCUUGGAGAUUUUAAACGACGUUGUUAUGGCAAUGCUGAUGCGCUGCAUUUUCACGAUGGUGCUACCAGUUAA